UUCUUGUUCAUCGCUUCAGUCUCUCCGUUAUCACUGCCGAAUUAGACACUUCAGAGAAGAGCAAUACUUCGCCGCCGCGUCUCAGUCUCCAUUUCUUCUCCCUCCGUCAAUGGAAGCUCCCGAGCAAAACCCUACCAAUGGCGGCGAAAGGGACCCGCAGAACCGCAUCGGGGAAGACGAAGAAGAAGAAGAAGAAGAUUCCGAGGCCGAGGACGACGAUUACGAGCCCGAGCCCCCCCAGCCGCUGUCUCAGGAGGCGCAGCUGCGGGCCCACAAGGCCAGGCUGACCAACCUCUCCCGCAAGCUGUCCUCCGAGCAGGUCCCGAUCCGAGUCCACGAUGUGCUUGUCAAAGGCAACACCAAGACCAAGGACUGGGUGAUCGAGGCGGAGCUGGAGGACCUGAAGCGCGCGGGCUCACUGCAGGAGCUCCUUCAAGCUGCGAGCUUGGCCAAUUUCAGGCUCCAACAGCUCGGGAUCUUCCACUCCGUGAACAUCGUGCUUGAUUCGGGGCCGAAGGAGCUGCCCGGCACUGCGAACGUGGUUGUAAAUGUCGUGGAGGCGAGCAACCCUCUCUCUGGCGAAAUCGGUUACUACACCAAGCCAGAGGCUAGGUCAUCAACAGUCGAAGGAGUGUUAAAGUUUAAGAAUCUGCUCGGUUAUGGGGAUCUUUGGGACACCUCGUUUGCUUAUGGUUGGAAUCAGACAUCUGAGCUGAGUGCUGGCGUGUUCUUGCCGAGAUUCAAAAGCUGGGCAACUCCUUUGAUUGUUCGAGUGUUCCUCAUAACCCAAGAUUGGUUGAAAUACACUUCGUACAAUGAGCGAUCAAUGGGCUUGUCCCUUGGCCUACUUUCUUCGAGGAACCAUGACUUAACAUAUAAUCUUGCCUGGCGCACUUUGGCAGAUCCUUCCCAGAUGUCAUCUAGACCAGUAAGGAGACAACUGGGACAUGGUUUAAGCUCAGCUCUCAAAUACAUAUUCAGGUUUGACAGGAGAAAUUCACCCGUCAGGCCAACUCAGGGGUAUGCUUUUGUUUCUACCACUCAACUUGGUGGCCUUUUUCCUGAUUCCCGAAGCUUGCGCUUUCUACGCCAGGAGAUUGAUCUUCGUUAUGCUGUUCCACUGGGAUUUUAUCACGCUGCGCUCAACUUUGGGAUGUCUGCUGGUGUCCUCUUUCCAUGGGGCCGAGGAUUCUUGGAAAAGCCAUCAUCCCUGCCUGAGAGAUUCUUCUUGGGGGGCAAUUCGUCUCCAUUCAGUUCAUUAGGAGGUCCAACUUCACUGUUAGGAUUUGGAACCAGGGGGGUUGGCCCCGCAGAACCAAGGCGGCAAACUGAUGAUGAGUCCAGUGAAAGGGACUUCGUUGGUGGGGACAUCGCUGUGACUGCUUUUGCCGAUCUUUCUUUUGAUCUUCCAUUCAAAUGGUCCAGAAAGAGUGGAAUCUAUGGGCAUGUAUUUGCAUGUGCGGGGAACCUUGCCAAGUUGUCACAAAAUGAAUUCCGCAACUUCUCCUUUCAAAACUUUGUGAAAUCCUACCGCAGUUCUGUUGGAGCUGGAAUUGUUGUCCCGACAAAUAUUGUUCGCCUGGAGGUCAACUACUGCUAUGUACUGAGGCAAUUUGAUUUUGAUCGAGGCAAGGCCGGGUUGAGGGUCAGCUUUUCUUCUACAUGAUAUUACCUGGCUUAAUAGUUGUGGUUCAACAAUGCCGAGAAGAGAUGUGAAACAUGUCUGAAUAAGGUAAAAUUUAAGUUUUCUUUUCGGAUCUUCUACUGCCUUGUUGGCAUCCUUGUUCUAGACGUCCACCGUUUUUGUAAUUCCAGAUCGAGGUUGACUAUUGGGAGAGGAAUUUAGUGGAGGAAAUAACCCACCACACCUGGUAAUGAGGAUGCGUCUCAUUUUUUUAAUGAAAGAUGGAAGUUUCGAACUGUCUUUAACGCCAAAAAUAUGUUUGUCCGGUGAAGAAAAGGCAUUCAUUGUGCUGCUCAUUUGUUUGAGACAUGAUGUUCUUAUUUGAAACUGUCACUGUUGUUCGGUAUGGUUGAGUUUCA